UCGAGCGCGUUCUAGCUAGUACCGUGCCAAAAUGGCCGACGUUUAGUCGUCCCUUAGUUCGGGUUUAAGUCGCCUUGGUUCACCUCUCUCUCUCUCUCGAGCGUUCGUUCCGCCAAGUUAAUCCAAUGUCACUCGUGUUUCACACGCCUCGUCCGACGAAAUUAAUCCGAUAUACCGAAAUAUCGCGUGUAAAGCGAUGCGAAAACGUUUCAUAAAUUUAUUCCGAUUAAAACGAAAUUGUUAUCGUUAAGACAAUUACGGACAACGUAAAAAAACGCUCGACUCACUGCGCUUCUCGCACGAAAAAAACCAAAACAACAAGGGACACACACUCGGCGCGCGAACGAAGGGAUAUAUUUACAAACACACACGUAACUCCGAUUACUCCGAAUAAGCGAGGAAACAUAUAAUCGCGGCGACUUUCGAGGCACUCGGUAGGCACUCGUACCAUCGAGGACGCGCCGCGCGCCGGUAGCAACUAAACAGCUGACAGCUCUAAAACCGCGCUUAAACAAGCAAACAGGGGGCCGCGAAACAGCGGCGAAUCAAUGCGCAACGGUACGAGAAACAUUUUGUAUACACGCGGAUCGGACUAGCUCUGUGGAUUAGCUUGCAGACAAAAGUCGGCGCGCUCGCUCCGCGCCCGCGAAGCUGAGUGAGACAAACGCGCGAUCGCGAAAAAGGCAACGACGAGAAUGUCCGCGACGGGCGAAACGACCACGGUGCUGCUGAAAAAAAGGGAGAGAACGCAGAACUGGAUCCCCGAGGAGAAGAGCGCGCUGUUCGCCCUGAUCAAGCACCACGUGAACGCGAUCGAGAACAAGAAGAUCGACGCGGCCGCGUCCGCGACCAAGUCCCUCGCCUGGCAGCAGAUCUACUGCGCGUUCCGCGGCCGGUUCUCCGCGGAUCGGGACAUCACCAGGAUCAGAGAACAGUGGCGGAGGAUGAAGGCGCAGGCGAGGAUGGAGAUGUACACGUACGCCGAAAAGAUGCGCACCCUGGGACCGGAAUCGGCCGCCAAAUCCCGCCCGUCGAAUCUGUCGAUCGAAGUGUGGCGGUUGAUGGAGAGCGUGCGUAAGAACGAUUGCGAGAAUACCGUCGAUCGUUCCGACGACAGUAGUCAAGAUAACGAGAAUUCAAGUCGGGUUAAUCGGAUCUCGAUACAUGCGAUCUUGGACAAGCUGACGUUACCCACGGAAACGCCAGGGCAUCCGGCACAGGAGAUUAAGAUCGAGGUUAACAGCGACAGCGAGGACGAUGAGAGUAUAAGUCACGGCGAAUUGUCGAUACAAGUAUCGGAGAGUAAUUUCUUACCGCAAAAGCGUCCCAGGAUCACGACUAACGACGAGCCUGUGGAUCUUGUCGAGCAUAAAAUCACCUGCCCGGACAGCGUGUCGACGUCCCGCGUUGACGAUGGUACUCGAGCCACGUUUGUUUGUUUUCAUAUCCAACGCGUGCGACGUACACGUGCGACGAGGUCUUACAAUGGCGAAACGUUUUGUCACUUUUGCUUUCAAGCCGCGGCGGAGCACAAUGACGGCGCGACGAGGAACGAGUUACCCAUCGACUGGAACGACGACUCGGUAGCCUGCGACAAGGAUAAAUCGAUGCAGAGGGCAAUGUGGAUCUUCAAGUCCACUCAACGCGAGCACGAGAUCAAACUGCGAAUGCUGCAUAUCGAGCUGGAGCGCGCGGAACUACAGAAGCAGACCGCCGUCAAUGAACUGAAAACGUCCGAGCUGAAGAAACAGCUGAUGCAGGAUCGAGCCAAUGAAUACUAUAGGUGGGGUCUGGAUUAA